GUUUUUGUCCCCGUCCUUUAUCUAAGCCUCUAUCGACGGCUGCCGGAAAAUAUUCCGAUGCCACCACACAGCAGUUCAGUUCCGUUCUAAACGCCCGCGAUAGUACUUACAAGUCCUCACCCGAUCCUGGCGGCUGAACCGACUGAUUGUGCGGCUGUAUAUCAUGUCGAUAAGUGAUAGCAAAGCAUCUUCCAACACUACGGAUAGUGGCGGCAGUCAAACCGGGACUAGUGAAGAAUGUAUUCAACCAAGCGAGCCGAAUCGUAUUCUAUCCAUGUACAAAGAUGCAACCAUCCUGAUAACGGGUGGAACUGGUUUUCUCGGAAAAAUUCUCUUGGAGAAAGUGUUGCGCUGUCUGGAAGUGAAGAAAGUCUUUCUGCUGAUUCGCCGGAAGGACGACAUGAGUGCUCAGGAGCGGCUAGUCAAGCUGAUGCAGGAUUCGGUUUUUGAGAAAGCGCGCUCUUUUUAUCGGACCGAAGAGCUGCUGUUCGCAAAAUUGGAAGCCGUCCAGAUGGAUCUGGAUAGCGAUUCGUUGCUUUGUGACGGGAGUGCGUCCGAAAGCGAACAUCGGUUGCUACAGGAGACGGAAAUCAUUUUUAACGUAUUGGCCUCGGUUAAGUUCAACGAAACCAUCCGCAAUGCACUCGUAACGAACGUCGGCGGAACGCGGAAGGUGCUCCAGCUGGCCCAACGAAUGCACCGCUUGCGCUCCGUGGUGCACGUGUCGACACUUUAUUCCAACUGCAACCGGGUGGAAAUCGGAGAGGAAAUUUACGACGACCUUCCCCUUCGGCAGGAGGUGACGCUACAGUUAACCACAGCACUGACGGAACAGGAGAUGGGACGCUUUCAGCAUUGUUGCCUGGGACCAAUGCCAAAUACGUACACAUUUAGUAAAAAGUGCGCGGAAAUAAUGAUUCGGGAUGAGUUUGCUAAGCUUCCGAUAGGAAUCUUCCGCCCUCCGAUAGUGAUUUCCACCUACCGAGAACCACUCCCCGGCUGGACGGACAAUUUGAACGGGCCUUCGGGGCUGUGCAUGUGGACUGUUAAAGGACUGAUCCAUACCAUCUGGGGCAGCGCGUCCAAGCGCGCCAACCUGGUUCCGGUGGACUAUUGCGUGAAUGCCUUAAUUGCUGCCGCCUAUGACAUUAUGGAACGACACCGAAACAGAUGUCAACGACAACUGAACAGUUGCCAAAAUGGCACGGGUAAUGAAGUGGGCCAACUGUCCGCUAACUCCCAGCCAGAUUGCACGAAUCAACUGCCGACAUACAACUACAUGUACAUGGAACAUAGUCUCACUUGGGGGCGCUACAUGGAGAUGGUUUCGCUUGGCUUCGAGAGUCGGAUGCAUCAGAUGGUGUGGAACUACUCCUACUGCAUUACCGCAUACCGGCCGUUGUUCAGAUUCCUGUCAUUCUGCUUUCACUCCAUCCCGGCCGCCCUGCUGGACCUCACCCAAGUGAUACGACGCAAAAAACCGCUAUACCGCAAAGCACUCCGAAAGACCACCCACUUUCUGGAGCUGAUGUCGUACUUUGGCCUACGUGAAUGGACCAUUGGAAACGGAAACUUGCGUCGGUUGCGGUCACUGCUAUCGAACGAAGAAGCUCGGCUGCUGGAAUUCGACAUGGGAACCAUCAACUGGGCCGAAUACUUCCGGACGUACAUUCCCGGCAUUCGGCGCUACUGGUUCAAGGAACGAACGGUCAGAGGAGACCGUUGGAAAGCGGUUGCCAACCGAAGAUUCCACUUCAUGCAGCGGAUGCUACGGAAAAUUAUCUGGGUGUGGAUUUGCCUUCGGUUAACCCGGCUAACGUCGAAGUUUGUCGUAGGAAACUUGUUUACCAUCCUGAUAGCUUAAAAAAAUGAACUGGGCAACCAUCCUGCCGUUGAUUUUUUUUUACGUGCUACUCUACCUCCACUCCAGUUUAUCCAUGGUUUCUUUCGUCUUGAUUCAUAGAGGAAUGGCAAUCCGUUCAUGGAGAUGACUCUUCUGGACAAUGGUUUGGUAAGCAGAAAGUUUUGUUUCAAUGACUGUCGAGUUCUCACAUAUUUAGCUUACAAUCGUAAAGAUCAAAUCAACACAAAGUUUACAUUCAGCAUCCUUCGUGACACAAUAAUAAUACGAACUAUUACGCUAUGGUAAUGAAAAAAAAACAAUUCGAAGCUUUCAUUUUUUCUAUUCCUAACUUCGUCAUACUUUCUAAGCCAAAUAUAUGGAGUUGUAAAUAACCCUUAAGGCCACUCCUGACGGAAUCCAAGAUUAAAAGUGCUUGCGUUUUCGGGGGCACACCACUCGAUUCAGAGGCGGCGCACAACUGUCAUUUUUGUUGAUUUAGCUUUGCUGGGUCGCAGCAUGCGUGAAAUUAUAAAAAUAACAGUUGUGCGUUGCUUCCGUAUCGAGUGGUGUACCAUGAGGCAUCGAAAUCCGUACACUUAAGCACCUUAGUAGGCUAGAUGUACCAGUUGUGGCUAUAGCACCAGUUGUCGCACUAGUGCUUUAUAUGCCAAAUGGCCAAUCAAAUCACUGCAAACCAAAUUCAUAUCGAUAAAUCAUAUUCAUAUGAUACGAUAAAACCUUUGAUUUCUUCCAAAACAAGCAAAACAUAAUUGUAAAAAUUGAUUUUGCUUAAUUUUUGACGUCCUUUGCACCAGUUGUCGCACUAGUGGUCCCUAUUUGGCUAGUCCCAUAAGAAAACAAUGGGAUUUGCCAAAUAAGGAACCAAAAUUAAGAAUAGUGCCACAACUGGUGCAUGCGUUCCUAUUAUGGAUUAAUCAAUUUUGAUGAUUAUAACAAAUUUUAUUGUGGUUUUCACAGCUGUUCCAAGGAGCAGAAAGUAAAACCUUUCGCUUGAUAUAUAAAGUCCACCCACAUGUCUUUUACUUAUUUGUUAAAAAAUAGUGGUUCUUAUGUAUGGCGACAAUUGGUACACCCACCCUAUAUGACAAAAAUCAUUAGAAAAUAGGAAUCAAAUAUAAAUAAAACGAUUUUCAUUGACAUAGGAGCAUGAAGGUUUCUACUUUUGAAGUAUUUCACAUUUACUCAUUAAAAACUACGAAAAACAUAAUAAAAUAAUGAAUAAAAUCAACUACUUCUGACUCGAAAUCCGUCCACCGUGGACGGAUUUCGAAUCAAAGGAUCAAAAUCCGUACAGCUAUUUUUAACUAAAUAUUUAAAUUGAAACAGUUUGAUUGACUAAACUACCACUGUAAAUAGUUCGAUACGCACCUUGAGAAGCGAUCCCUUCGAUUUGUAUUCCGCUUAUCUUAUGUAAUGAUUCGCAAUUAGUAAAGAAACACAUUACUUUUGGUGCAAUAAUGCUCUACCCGAAAACAAAAUGGCGAUUUGUUUUUGAUUUUUGUUGUUUUAAUUUCAAAGCCUUCUUUCCAUUUCAAUGUCCUAAAAUCUUACUGCCAAGUAUGUGAACAGGUCAAGAUAAAUUUGUUCUACAAUUAUUACCUUUAACCCCCUUUAAUCUAUUGAUAUCUCAUGAGGUGGACGGAUUUCA